GUUAGCAGCCCGGUGUUUGCACCGGCUCAUCUCCAUGUAUAAGAUGGAUUACUCCUACCUGAACUCCUAUGACUCCUGCAUGGCGGCCAUGGAAGCAUCGGCCUACGCGGACUUCAGCUCUUGCAGCCAGGCCAGCUCCUUCCAGUACAACCCGAUCCGGAGCGGACCCUUCUCCAACCCGGGCUGCACUCCGCUCAGCACGGCCAGCUGCACCCUGGGAGCCCUGCGGGAGCACCAGCCCACGCCGUACUCCUCAGUCCCCUACAAGUUUUUCUCGGACCCCUCCGGCUUAAACGAGAAGAGGAAGCAGCGGCGCAUCAGGACCACCUUCACCAGCUCCCAGCUGAAGGAGCUGGAGCGGGUCUUUGCCGAGACACACUACCCGGACAUCUACACCCGAGAGGAGCUGGCGCUGAAGAUAGACCUGACCGAGGCACGAGUACAGGUGUGGUUUCAGAACAGGCGUGCAAAGUUUCGUAAGCAGGAGCGUGCAGCCAACGCCAAAGCCAACAGCUCUGGUGGCACCACAGGCAGCAGCUCCAGCAGCAGCUCUGGAGGAAAGAAAGGAGAGCUAAGAUCUUCAUCCGAUGAUGAUGAGUCCAAAGAAUCCACCUGCAGCCCCACACCUGACAGCACGGCCUCCCUGCCAGGCUCGGCCAACGGAAACUUGGGCAGCCCCGCCAGCCUGAGCCCCAGCCCGGCUCCUGUCAACAGCGGCUAUGUGAACACCUCCAGCUCUCCGGUCCUCCAGGGGCUGAAGGCCCCCAGCUGGUCCAGCCUGGGGCCAUCCAACCCGGCUGUGGCCCAGCCUGCCGCCCAGACUCAGGAGAUUCUGAAGGCCUGGCAGCCGGCGGACAGUAUGACCGGGCCCUUUGCCGGAGUCCUGUCUUCCUUCCACAGAAAACCCAACCCCACCAUCAAGACAAACCUGUUCUGA